CCUCCUCCGACCCCACCUACACGAGCGAGUUUAGACUGGAAGAGACUUCGCAUCGCGCCUUUUGUUGUGUUACACUUUUGUUUUUGAUUCUGUGAAUCACUUUGACAAAUCUAUUACAUGUUGCGUUAGUUUGUGUGUUGUAAUUUAGUUAACAUGAGUGAAACAGAAGACAAUAAUAUUACUGAGCUCGACUCAGAUAUAGAGGAGGAGGAUGUGGAAAUGACUCUAAUGUCGGAUAUGGUUUAUUCUGAAGGGUUGCCAACCUACAAAUCUGUUCGUAAAGGUGAAGCUGUGCCAAAAGUUGAACUGACGGAGUUCAAUAAUAAUCCAGAUUCAUUGUUUUUUAAUGAUGGAAAGAGGCGAAUUGACUUUAUUUUAGUCUAUGAAGAUGAGUCCAAAACUGCAACUGGAAAAAAAGCCUCAGUCUACAGAAGAAAACUACGGAGGAGAGAGUGUUUUGAAGCGAGUCUGAUGAAUAUGGGUGUGGAAAUGGAAGCAAUACAAUCUGUGGUGGAUGAGAAACAAUUCUUUGUAAAAAUGCACCUCCCCUUUGACGUCCUGUGUACAUACGCUGAGGUUCUGCACAUCAAACUGCCCAUUCAGCCCAAUGAUCUCACUCCACGUUCGUUUUCAUACAACUGCUUCACAAAGCAUUUCUACCCCGAUCGGGAGCUCAUCGCCAAAGAGACCGAAUACUUCACCGCACCCUUCAGAAAAGAUCAGCUGGAGUAUUUCUACGUGAAAGACAGAGAGCAGUUUUUCACACCGGCCAUGAGAAGCAGAAUGGCGUAUUACAUCCUUAGCCGAGCUCCGUAUGACGUGAAGGGAAAUGUUAAGAAGUUCGGCAUCUCUAAGCUGUUGGAUGGAGGCGUGUACAAAGCUGCUUAUCCAUUACAUGAUUGCAGAUUUAAUGUGAAGUCUGAAGAGCCGGAUUGCCCUAAUGAACGAUAUCUGCUAUAUAAUGAAUGGGCUCAUCCCAAGAACUUCUACAAGAUGCAACCUCUAAACUUAAUAAGGAAGUAUUAUGGAGAAAAGAUCGGUAUUUAUUUUGCCUGGUUGGGUUUCUACACUGUCAUGUUAACUCUGGCCGCUGCGGUCGGACUUGGCUGUUUCAUUUAUGGAUAUACAACCAGAGAGAGCAGCACGUGGAGCAAAGAGGUGUGCGACCCUCUGAUUGGUGGAAAGAUUAUCAUGUGCCCACAGUGCGAUAUAGACUGUCCAUACUGGAGACUGAACAUCACGUGUGAGUCUUCAAAAAGACUGUGUAUAUUUGAUAACUUUGGGACGUUAGUCUUUGCGGUUUUCAUGUCAGUUUGGGUGACGCUGUUUCUGGAAUUCUGGAAAAGAUACCAGGCCGAGUUGGAACAUGAAUGGGACACAGUGGAGUUCCUGCAGCAGGAGGAACAGCCCCGACCCGAAUAUGAGGCAAAAUGUGUCUAUGAAAGACUGAACCCUGUAACGCAGACCACAGAGAAAGUGCCUUACACAGCCUGUGGGAAAUGCAUGAGAGUGUCAUGUGGGAUUGGCACUGUUGCAUUUUGGAUUAUGCUGAUUAUAGCAUCAGUGGUCGGGGUGAUCGUGUACCGUUUGGCCAUGUUUAUGGUUUUCUCCACUAAACUGCGCUCGGGUCUGAAGGACCUGGAGCCAUUUAAAGAGUACGUGACCCCUCAGAUGGCGACGUCCAUCACGGCCUCCAUCAUCAGCUUCGCCAUCAUCAUGCUUCUCAAUCAGCUUUAUGAGAGAGUGGCCAUCUGGAUCACUGACUUCGAGCUGCCGCGGACCAGAACCGAAUACGAGAACAGCCUGACGCUGAAGAUGUUCCUCUUUCAGUUUGUGAACUUUUACUCGUCUUGUUUCUACAUCGCUUUCUUCAAGGGGAAGAUAGUUGGAUAUCCAGGGAAGCCCGUCUACUGGCUGGGAGCAUAUCGCAAUGAGGAAUGCGAUCCGGGCGGCUGUUUGACUGAACUCACAACACAGUUGGCCAUCAUCAUGACAGGAAAAGCCGUCGUGAAUAACAUCCAGGAAGUCCUUAUGCCGUGGGUAAAGAAUCUGAUAUCCCGUCAUUGCACUCAGGUGGCUUCAGAGAAAGUGAUGCCACGUUGGGAACAGGAUUAUCAACUCCAGCCAUUGGGGAAGCUCGGACUGUUUUAUGAAUACCUGGAGAUGGUGAUCCAGUUUGGUUUCGUCACUCUGUUUGUGGCAUCUUUCCCACUGGCCCCUGUCCUGGCACUUGUCAAUAAUCUGUUUGAAAUCCGUGUGGACGCCUGGAAAAUCACUACUCAGUUCCGUCGGAUCGUUCCAGAAAAAGCCCAAGACAUUGGAGCCUGGCAGCCGAUCCUGCAGGGAGUGGCAAUACUAGCAGUGGUCACAAAUGCUGCUAUUAUCGCUUUCACCUCUGACAUGAUUCCACGUCUGGUUUAUUACUGGGCGUUAUCUGUGAAUCCACACUCAGACAGCUCAAACCACACGAUGCAGGGCUUCAUCAACAGCUCACUGUCUGUCUUUGACACAAAAGACUUCAACGGCAUAAGCAAACCUAAUGAUAACAUCGCCAGAUUCAACAAUAUCACCACAUGCAGGUAUCGGGAUUUCAGAAAUCCUCCCGAUCAUCCUCAUCAGUAUGAGUUCAGCUUGCAUUACUGGCACGUUCUUGCUGCCAAACUGGCAUUCAUGAUUGUGGUUGAGCACAUUGUUUAUUUCACAAAGUUCAUGCUGUCCUACAUGAUUCCUGAUGUACCAGAAGCUCUGAAGGAGCAGAUCAAGCGAGAACAUUACCUGACACAGGUGAUCUUACAUGAAGCCAACAUCAAACACUUCACAGAGCGCAUGAAACCCAUCGCUGAUAACAUUCAGCCCCAGAUUGAAGACCCAGAGCUGGACUUAGCUUUCUGAAAACAUUUAAUAUCUGUGAACCUGUUUUCUUACCUUUCCCCUUAAUCCCUGCAAACCUUAAACAAACCUUAAACAUUUUUAAAGAAACGCAUAUUUCAGAGGCUAAAUAUAAGUUAAUACAGAUUAAACAGCCCAGAUCUUUACAUUUGCACUAUGAAAUACAAAUCAUAGAUAUGCUAAAUAAAUGUAAUUAGGGCCCGAGCACACCGGGGUGUGAGGACCCUAUUGUUUUUGCUCAGUUUCUUUUACUUUUUCUUCUCCAAAAUGAAUCGGAUUUUUGACAAGCUAAACAAGCUUAAAAAGUCAUAAAACGUUGCACACACAUCAGAAGUGGCGAAAAUUUACAUGUGGCAUAGGCGCCAGAAGUUGAGGUGUAGAAAUGGCUCGAUAGCGCCACCUGCAAAAUUUCAAGAGAACAGCCCCACCGCUACGAAAAACCUACAGAUACAAAAUUUGAUAGGGUCAUCUAUCACCCCAAGACCAACAAAAAAGUCUUUUGGAGCGAAGCUUUAAACCCAACAGGAAGUCGGCCAUUUUGAAUUUUUGCUGUGAUUUCUGUGCAAAUUUUGUCAUUUCCAUGCUUCGUACUUUAACAAACUCCUCCUAGAGAUUUUAUCAGAUCGUCAUCAUAUUUGAUCAAUCUCAUCUAAAGGCCUGUGCGAUGUUAAAUUGCGGAGCUUUUGACUUUUCGUUGGAGGGUGUGUCCGUGGCAGCCUGACAAAGUUCAACGUUUUCGCCAUGAAACAGGAAGUUUUUAUAACUAAGGCAUACAAUGUCCAAUCUGACCCACACUUCACAUGUUUGAUAAGGGUCUUGGCCUGAAUACAUUUCAAUGCCAAUAUUCAGCUUCAGUCAUAGCGCCACCUAGAUGCAGCAGGAAAUGCCUUGUUUUAUGCUGUGAUUUACUGUUCUCAGAAAUUUAAUCAAAUCAUUAUCAUAUCAGGUGAGACUAAUCUUAAGCCCUUUGCGAUGGUAAAUUACGAAGAUCUUGACUUUUCAUUGAAGGGCGUGUCCGUGGCAGCCUAGCAAAGAGUGAUGUUUCGCCAUGAAACAGGAAGCUGUUGUAAUUCAGGCAUACAUUGUUUGAUCUGCUCCAGACUUCACACUUUUGAUUAGGCCUGAACACAUCAAUAUAACAACAAUCAGUUACAGUCACAGCGCCACCUGCUGCACACAGGUGGUGUGGCACAUCAGUUUCCCUUUGAAUAUCCACCUAUAUUUACCCACUUUAAUUCAUAUCCCCCUGGUUCACUGCUUUACUAAUGUCAUAGGGUGGCGGUGCACAUGCGUGCGAGGGCCCUUCCAUCGCUGCUUGGAGCUUUAAUUAUCUUAUGGAACUUUAUUCUCUGGUAUAAAAACAACAUUUUGAUAUUUUAAAGGGUUCCAGUGGUUAUCAAAAAUAUGCAGACAACCAAAAUUUAUAUUUUUAUAUAUAUAUAUAUAUAUAUAUAUAUAUAUAUAUAUAUAUAUUGGGUAAAACCACUCAAAUGUUUUUUUUUAGGUUUUAUUCACUGUUUUAGAUUUACAUUAACUGACAUUAACCUUAAAGGAUCACUAUGAUACCACAGUUAUAAUGUGGUAUCAUGUGUUAUGAUUAUAAGAAUAUAAAGUGUUCAUCAGAUUAAUAUGGUACAGAAUGUAUUUGUCACCUUAAGUUGCCUUUAACAUUUUAUCAAACUAACAUUGCAUGCCAUCAGUGUUUUCAAUAUCUGUUACCUCUUUGUAAUAUGUGUUAUUUUACAUAUAUAUUUGCACACGUAUUGACCACAUCUUGUUUGUGUUAUCAUAAAUAAAUGAUUUUUGUUGUAUAAUAUUGUGUCUGUUAGUGAUGUCUUAAUGCUGAGGGAAAAGUUUAUGUAAUUCAUUCAUUUAAGCCUAAAAAAUAUAACACUGGGAGCUGACAUGAGCUUUGGACUUUCUUUUGUACAUUACAGUUAUACUGCUUUCAUUAUUAUCAUACAAUUACAAUCUUACAGAUAUCACUAUUUCACUUUAGUAGCUAUUGGUAUUAUUUAUUUAUUUAGUAUUGUUAUAUUAUUACCUUUUACAUAAUUCUGUUUGGAAGACAUUUUGAAUAUACCUCCAUGUACUCAAUUUCUGGACAGGAUUUAAAGGUAUAGUAAAGGGUGGAGUAUUACUUAUUUAAUUAUUCUAGUAAGGAAAUAAAUUUGGAUAACUGUACAGUUAACUAUAUUUUAAAACUGCCAUGCUAUUAUUCUUUGCUGUUUUGUAUUUUCUAUGUUUCUGUUUCAUGUAAAACUA